GUAAUGUGUGACUGGUGCAACAAACAUUUUCAAGCAUCCAAAGUUCGCCGCGCACGGUUAGCUUCGCGGCAGGUAGCAAUCAGUAUAAGCAUGUCGCCUUCAUGUGUUUAACGCCUCAUUUCGCAGAAAUGCUUUGGUGAGAGGUCCAGGGUAGAAAACUUCCGCGAUUUCUUUACCAUCCUGGCAAUGCUCCGAGCUAAUUGUGCAAUUGAAGGCGCCCUAACGCUAGUUGUUAAGCAACGCCGGCGCACAGUCGCCGCUACUGGCGAAAAGGCCCACGGCGGGCGCGACGUUACCGGUUGUCCCCGAAAUAUAAGCGUGGUACCCGCAGUGUCCAGGUACAGAGACUCGCUCUUCCCUACCCACCUUAGUAGACUCAGAACCGCGCCUGAGCAGCACCACACACCUUGGUGCUGUUUCUUUAGAGAACAUCAGGUCGCGUUGGAAUCGUAGAAGACCGCGCGCUGCCUACCCCAUUGGCACGCGUAGAUUCCUUGCCUCAUAGGUCCUACGCUCUGAGUCUACUGUUAGAACAGCGUCUGCGGUAUCGCAACACUGUGCGACGGCUCGACUCCCAAGCCGACUGAGAACCAGCUCCCUCCCCUUCUCCCUCUCCCUCCGCCAACCCGAAAGCUUGAGUUCAGGCUUGCCACCUGCAAGCAUGAGGUCUCAAUCCAGUCGCGCCCUUGUCGGGGGCGCGCUUUUAAUUCUGCUGUCCGGAGUGCUAGUGUUCGCCGCCCCUACCAUGGCCGACAGUGGCCUCCGAGGACGCGCCCUUCUCCAAAAGAAGAAGGCUUCACCUUCCCCCGCACGCUCUCCUACCCCCUCCGCGACCACCACCGCCACCUCCCCCGCUCCCAAGCUGGUCUUCCCUCCCCUGUGCAACUGCGAGCGCAACCCGCGCAAGUCGCCCUUCCGCAUGAGCCUGGACGACGCCGCCUCGGCUGGCGGCGUGUACUGCUUCACGAUCCAGAACGUUGGCGGCUGCGACCCCAAGCAAAAGUGCUGCGACGGCACGCAGGGCGUGUCAAAGGUGGAGCUCGAUGUCGUUGCUUCCUGCAAGGACUCUGUUCGCAACGUGACUGUGGACGGCAAGAAGUGGUCUUACGAGUUCAACACCGCGCUUUCAGUGAUCCGUAUCACCAACCUGGGCAAGACGGCCUCCACCGCCGCCGGCACUGAGGUCUGCAUUGCUCUGGCGCCCAAGUCGCAGUGCCCCGGCCUGGCCCAGCUGUGCAGCGCCGGUGCCGGCCUGUGCAAGUAUGCGCUCUCCAACCAGGACCGCGACUGCUGCCCCGUCUCCAUCCUCGGCAACGCCCCUCCCCCGCCUCCGUCGCCACAACCGCCCUCGCCCCAGCCGCCCUCGCCCUCGCCUCCUCCACCUCCCAGCCCCGCUCCCCCCUCACCUCCUCCCCCUUCGCCUCUUCCUCCUUCGCCUCCUCCGCCUCCUCCCCCGUCGCCUCCUCCCCCUCCUCCUCCUCCCCCGCCUCCCCCUCCCCCUCCUCCUCCGCCCUCGCCCUCUCCCCCUCCCCCCGAGCUGCCCCCCGCCCAGCCCGUCACCCCGGCCCGCAAGCGCCCUCCUCCCCCUGCUCCCCCUCCCCCUCCCCGCUCGGACUUCCCCUUCUGCCAGUGCCAGCGCAACGCCCGCGGCUCGCGCCUCAUGACCACCGCCUCGAACAACAUCACCGUUGUGAACGGCCUCACGCGCAUCUGCUUCAACGUGGCUCUCAAGGACGUCUGCGAGAACCCCAACUCCAAGUGCUGCGAGUUUGAGCUCUACAAGAUGGAGUUCGAGGCUGACCCGACCUGCGCCGACGCCCUCGCCUACACCACAGUCGAUGGCGCCUACAAAGCCAAGUUCUUCCAGACGCGUCCCUACACAGUAAUCAAGGUCACCAACAUUGAAAAGCCCAUCAACAAGGUUGCGGGCACCGAGGUGUGCCUGUUCAUGCGCCCUCAGUGCAACUCGCUCGAGAAGCUGUGCUCGUUCCACGACGGCACCUGCACCGUCGCGCUCUUCAACAAGCCCGGCUCCAGCGCCACCAGCUGCUGCCCGCUGACGACGGUGGGGCCGCUCUAAGUGCCUCCUGAUGAGCAACCGCUUCAGCCGUUACGAAAUUGGCCGUACGGCAUUGUUAGUCACUAGCUUUUUAGUCUGGUGUGGAGUGCUGCAGCCAAAGUGCUUUGUCCAUGCAGCAUGCCGCCUGCUGGCGUUGCUUGCGUAGCUAGCCCCUGCAGCCGCUGCUAGUGUUGGGCGUUGCGCGCGGUGUUUGUUGUGCGCUGGCGUGCGCGCCUAUGCAUGGUCGUUGGCGUACCGUAGGGCUUUGGGCAGGAUGAUCUUGCAAGGGUGGGUGUGAGUGGUGUGCGUGUUGCGUGUUCACAGGUUGCUGUGCAAUCUUGUCAGUGUUGCCGGGACAGGUACAUGUGCAGUGAGGAAGAGUUAUGAUUGAUUGAGUUUUGAAUCCUAAGGCUGCCCUUACGUUUUGUUUAUGACCCUCUCGGACUGCGUGACUUGCACACGUGUCACAUGUGAGAGGAAGUCUUCUACAUGGCGAUUCAUCAGUAUUGUUAGCUUGAUCUGCAGCUUGAAUUGACUGAUGCAGCGUUGGGAUGCCCGCAACAGUUACAGAGAUGCUGAGAGGUGUGCUGUGUGGGCCCCUGUGCUGUUUCGGACGCUGCACAAAACGCCCGGGGGGGGGGGCCGCGCCUGGUGUGAUGGGUGGGUAACUGGGCGUGAUCUGCGUCAAGCUGUGCCGUUGGCUCGACUGGAUGGCUGCGGAAACAGCUCUGUAGCAGAGACAAGUAGCAAGAACCUCGGGCGCCACUGGGUUGCCAUCAGGACAAGUGUUCCCCGGUCAAGAGAUAAAAGGGGC